AUGCACAAUCUGUCCCAAAGACUGACAUUUGGCUUGUUGUUAUUACUGUUGGCAGAUAUAAUAUGGAUAAUGUCAUCAAAAUUCAUUAACUAUGUUCCUUACAAAACUGAUGAUUACAAAAAGCCAUUCUUUUUUGCCUAUACUAAAGCAUCGAUAUUUACUCUUUACUUUUUGGUAUAUAUAAUAUUUAAGGAAUUACGGAAACCUUGUGGAAACCAAACUAAUUAUAUGUUUGUUAAUUUUGAUACAAUCGAAAAUGGUGAUGAUGAUGAAGAAGAUGACAAUGUAUUUACUGAUGAAACUGAAAGAUUAAGCACAGCAAGUUAUGUUCCCAUCAAAAAUCCUAGUUUGACUUCUGGUACAGAGAGUGAUGAUUCUGGAACUGUUAAGCCAAAUAAUAAAGUUGUUCGAUUUAACAAAGUUGCUGAGGUUAGACAUUUAUCUGAAACAGAAGCUACAGAAGCAUUAAUGGCUCGUUUAUCAUAUGCUGCUACAUUAAGAGCACGAGAAAUUUGUCGUUUAUCAAGGCAAUUAUUAAAUCUUCACCAAACUGCAAAGCUAGCUUUCACAGUAGCUCCGCUUUGGGGUGUUGCUAAUUUAUUACAUCAAGUGUCUAUGGUUUACAUGGAACAUACCCUAGUGUCUGUUGUAUUGUCCACAACUAGCUUUUUCACUCUUCUGCUAUCCCUAUUUUUUGUUACACCUUCGACAGAUCGCUUUACGGUCGCUAAAUUAAUAACUGUAUUAUUCAGCAUAACUGGAAAUGUUAUAAUUACAUUACCUGAUUCUCAUUUUAGUUUUAGUGAAAUUAAUGUUGGAUUUGCAUUAUCCUUAUGCAGUGCUAUUUUUUAUGCAUUGAAUAUUGUUACAUUACGAUCUUGGGUAGAUCACGAAGACAAAUUAGAUAUCAUAUUGUACUUUGGGCUUGUUGGUCUAUUUAAUGUUCUUAUGUUCUGGCCGUUGUUCAUUUUUCUUCAUUAUUUUGAACUUGAAACCUUUGAAUGGCCUAAUAAACAACAAGCAAUAUCACUGUUCAUAAAUGGAGUUGUAAAAGCAACAUUGCCUGAAGUCAUAUGGUUAUGGGGAUGUUUGCUGACAUCAUCAAUUAUAGCAACAAUGUCUAUAGGAUUGACUAUUCCAAUGUCUUUAAUACUAUCUGGCAUCUCCAGUCAAAACAAGUCUGAUUAUGAGCGAUUUUUGUUACCAUCAUUUUAUUUAGGUUUAGUUCCUACAACUUUCUCUUAUUUUUCUCUAAUUUGGUUAACACACCGAUUUAAUUAUAAUCAAAAUGAAUACAAUUGUCUAAGCCGUUGCCAGAGAAAAAAUUUAAUUAGGCUUAGAGAUAGUGAUGCUGAACAAGCAGAAUCUCUUAUACAAAUUCACGAAACAGACAAAGAAGUAUGA